ACAAAGAUUUUGCUUGAACCACAUCUGGAAGUCCUGCAUUCCUGACACUGCUUUCUACACGCUUUUAAAACUCUUUAUUUACUCUUAAACAAAAGAAGUAAAAAGAAAGAAAAGAAAAGAAAAGAAAAGAAAAGAAAAGAAAAGAAAAGAAAAGAAAAAGUGUAUAUAUACUGUGUCCAAUUCAAACUGCACACUGAUAUACAAAUCGUUAGUAACAGGAACACCACUUGGAUGGUUUACCUCCCUGCAUCCUGGACGCAUGUACAUGUAUAUAACGAACACUAUCUGACUAAUGGUGCGGGAUAUUUACUUCAAGAAAAAUGUAUGUUUUAUCUUCAGCAACUUACACGAAGAGGAAUCCUGGUGCAGGAGUAGCGCUAUUCAACAUGAUUGAUCGGGACGGCUUGUAAAGAACUCACCGAGACUCUAUCCCUGCAUCGAUGUUGACUGUCACCCCGCGGCUCAGAAGCAGACGAUAUUCCCAAAUCUGCUCCAGAGACAGAAGCACGGUUUGUGUGGAGCACAAGUUUUCAGAUGAUGGGUGAACACAAACAGCGUAAUUUCAACAAUGACUCAAAGACUCGUGAUUAGUAAGAAUCUAAAGGUGUUGCAGAGAUAUACGUCGUCUGCUGCGGACUGGAAAAUACACACAGUUACCUGACUAAGAAAUAAAGGGAGAAAGAGAGACAGAUUUGUUUUAGAAGAAAACACAGCACAUUCACAAAGAACAUGGAUAUCCGUUUUCGACGCAGUGUGUGUCAUUUAAGCAGGUUUAAAUUGCAUCGCAGUGUGAUUCGGAGCAAACCGGUUACGUGGUUUUCGUAAUUAAAGCGUCUUGUUAGCAAAGAUGACAAAAAUCCGAUAGAUAUCUUCAACCGGACGUGGGAUAAUUAACCUUCUGAUAGCAUUUAAAGCAGGUGUUUAAACACGAUCAGCGAGCGAUGAGAGGCGAAUCUCUUCUCCGUGACCAAGGGAUGGUUUUCGCAUUAACCUUAAUGGUCUUAAUCCUACUGCAGAAUGUGUCUUCUGUGCGGAAUAGCACUUCCGCUAAGAUCGUGAACGCUGUGAUUCCCGGGGAGAUUAUUCUUGGCGGUCUGUUCCCCGUCCACCAAAAGGGAGAAGGGGAGAAACCGUGCGGGAGCGUGAACUCUGACAGGGGGAUAGAGCGGCUCGAGGCCAUGCUGUUCACAAUAGACCAAAUCAAUCGGAACAAUACGAUUCUUCCAGGAAUCAAACUUGGUGCGUCUGUCUACGACACUUGCGCCAGGGCCACGUAUGCCUUAGAACAGUCCUUGGAGUUCAUCCGAGCCUCUUUCACGUCUCUCGACGCCUCCGAGUUCGUGUGCAUGGACGGCUCGACGGCCAGGGCCAAGCACGAACCCACGGCCGUGGCGGGGGUCAUAGGAGGAUCCUACAGUACCGUGUCCAUCCAGGUGGCUAAUUUGCUUAGACUCUUUAAGCUGCCACAAGUCAGUUACGCGUCCACCAGUGCCGCUUUGAGUGACAAAACCAGGUUUGAUUACUUCGUACGGACGGUACCCCCGGACACGCUACAGGCCAAGGCCUUGGUGGACAUCGUGCAGGAGUUUAACUGGACGUAUGUGUCUACCGUGGCGUCCGAAGGGGAGUACGGAGAGUCUGGGAUAGAUCAGUUUCGGCAGGAGGCCAGAGCGAGGAAUAUCUGCCUCGCAGCGACUGUCAAAAUUCCUGGCAAUUCUAAUAAUAAAACUUUUGAUUACGUCGUUAACGAGUUGCUCCUGAAGACAAAGGCCAGUGUGGUAAUAGUUUUCGUGAGGGUAGAACAUGCUAAAGGAUUACUGGACGCCGCCACCCGUAGGAAUAUAAGCGGCAGAUUUGUGUGGAUAGCCAGUGAUGCCUGGGGUAGGAACCACAACCCUGUUAAAAACAACCAUUUAGCUGCCCAAGGGGCGAUAACUUUAGAACUACAGUCCACCCAGGUGGUUCCAUUUGAAAAAUAUUUUGUGAACUUAAAACCACACACCAAUAUUAGAAACCCGUGGUUCAAAGAAUAUUGGACUGCAGUUCAUAAAUGCAAAUGGCCCGAAGACGUUCCCAUCCAUGAAUUAAACAGCGCCAAGUUAUGCACUGGAUAUGAAAUAUUGAAUCGAAAGAUCUCCCAGCAGGAAGGCAAAGUUCAGUUUAUUUACGACGCGGUGUAUGCCAUGGCACUGGCUCUGGACAAAAUGCAGCGAACCUUAUGCCCAGGCACGACUCGUCUCUGCCGCAAAAUGUCCAAAAUUGACGGUGAUAAACUUUUUAAGGAUUUCUUAUCGAACGUAUCUUUUGAAGAUGGUUUUGGUGCUCACAUCGAAUUUGACAAGUUUGGUGACGGUCCUGGCCGCUACACCAUCAUGAACUACCAACUGAACCGAUCGACGAGACAAUACGAGUACCGCGAGGUGGGGCGCUGGGCCACGACCCUCGACAUUGACCUGCAGAAGAUCAUCUGGUCCGGCGGAACCAUGGACAUCCCCAAGUCGCGCUGUAGCGAGCCGUGCCAGAAAGGAGAGAUCAAGAACAUGCGGGACGGCGACCCUUGCUGCUGGCUCUGUACCAAGUGCAUGCCCUGGGAGUUCGUCAUGGACGAAAAGACUUGCGAGCCAUGUCCCAAGGGGAAAUGGCCGUACGCCAACAAGAGCGGCUGCUUCGGCCUGGAGAUCGAGUACAUGACCUGGGGAAGCAUCUACGCCAUCAUCCCGAUGUGCCUGAGCGGGGUUGGCAUCAUGUGCACGGGCUUCACGAUUGUGAUAUUCCUCUUCCACAACGACACUCCGGUGGUGAGGGCGUCUGGCCGCGAGCUCAGCUACAUGCUACUGAGUGGGAGUCUGUUUUGUUACGUGAAUACCUUCUUGUUGUUGGCCAAACCGUCUCCCAUCAUCUGUGCUGUCCAGAGAUUUGGGGUGGGCUUUGGGUUCUCGGUUGUAUAUUCUGCCAUAUUGACCAAGACCAACCGAAUCUCAAGGAUAUUCGAAAGUGCUAGGAGGUCCGCCAAGAGACCUCCUUUUAUCAGCCCCAAGUCCCAGCUUCUCAUAGCAGGAAUACUGGUGUUCAUUCAAGUACUGUUCACGGGGGUGUGGCUCCUGUUGGAACCCCCGGGCAUGAGGUUACAUUUUCCCGACGAGCGGAAGGCGCAAGUGAUUCUAAAGUGUAAAAGUGAUGACCUGUCGUUUCUAGUAUCUUUAGUAUAUAACAUGCUUUUGAUUAUUAUAUGUACUGUGUACGCGAUAAAAACAAGGAAAAUACCCGAAAACUUCAAUGAAUCCAAGUUUAUCGGAUUCGCCAUGUACACAACAUGCAUUAUAUGGCUGGCCUUCGUUCCUAUAUACUUUGGAACACUCAAUUCCUUUAAGAUACAGAUCACUACGUUGUGUGUGUCCAUCUCCCUGAGCGCUACAGUUGCCUUGCUCUGUUUGUUUUUGCCAAAGGUUUACAUUAUCGUCUUCCAGCCACAGAAGAAUGUUAGGAAACUCACCAUGAAUUCUGCUAGUUAUAAAAUGGCGCCCACUGGUUCUACGGGAACAUCGAACAAUUAUGGUUCGGCAGAGGAUAGCGUUCCAGAUGACCAAGAUAAUACGGUCGCAGAUGAUAUAUUCAUCGUUGGGGGUACCAUCGGAACACAUCAGACUCAACGUACAGCACAGAGUGGGGGCCGGAACCACCACGGAAACCGAGACUGAUCGAGACAGUCUAGCCUCGCUGUGAAAUUGACCAAUCAUAUUUCAUUGAUCGAUCCUAAUUUAUUCCAAUGCACUUCGGAACAGAAAACAACGAGAGAACAUGCUCCUUGGGAUAAUAAGGAAAAGGGGAACAUCGCUACACAUUUAUUUUUGCUUUAAAUAGAGUUAUUGAUGUAUUAUAACUGGUUCCAACUAUAUAAAAUUAUAUGCGUAUGAAACACACCAAAAAUUGUGUAAACUCUGAUCGUAUGUGUUGUGAGAAGAAACAUUUCAGGAACUGUUUUAUGUUAAUGUAAUGUCUGAAAUGAGACCUUAUUCUGAGACCUGGUCCUUGAAGAGGCUGUCAUGAGUUUGAUGCUAUUCUAACAUGUUCCCGACUGGUGGAGAGCCUUUUUAACGACUACUAAAAGUUAAAGAUUGUUUUGUUUAAUAACACCACUAGAGCACAUUGGUUUAUUUAUCAUCGGCUAAUGGAUAUCAAACAUUUGAUAAUUUU